CUUCUGUCCUCGUCAACUUUGAAAUUGGAGCCGCAGCCGCGAUUGCGUCCUGCAAUCCUGGCGCAGCCUUUCGCCCACGCCCCAAUUGGCCCUUUUUGAGCUGAUGUUACUCAGCGCGCUUUCAAUGUGCACCAUAGCGGCCAUAUCGCACACCUCUCGCGACACCAUUGCGACACAAGCAUCUUCUCGCCCAUGAUGCUCACAACGGCUCCCCGCCUCCACGUCCGGCGCCCCUCGCCAACAACAGCCGAGUUCACAGUGACGACCCGCCCGCCGCCGACCCUCGCCGUCCGUCUCCUAUCGAGCCUCCUCCUCGUCCUACGCAUCCCCCUCUUCCUCUCCUCGAUCCUCCUCCUCCAGGCCGCCUGGUCGCAGUCACCCUACGCCGCGCCAUUCCUCUCGCCGUCGCCGACAAAAUCCCCCACCACGACGCCCGACAACCCCCCCACCGACGCCUUAUUCUUCUCAACCAUGACCUUCUGGCACGCCCUUCGUUUUAUCCACGCCUCCAUUCCGGGCCGCCUCGCCCACCGCAUUGUCGCCUCCCACGUGGUGCCGCUCCCCGUCCUCGUCCCGGGGUGCCUCCUCGCCACCUACGCGACGCUGCUGCGCACGCACGCCACCGAGAGCCUGCUGGUCCUGCGCGGUCUGGGCAUCCAGACAAGCUCCACGAGCGGGAGCUACCUGUCGGCCGCCGCGACGCGCUUCAUACCCACUGAGAAGAUCCAGGACGUCCUCGUUAACGAGGCCUUCCGCGGCUUCGAGGUGCGAUACUACCUCAUCGUCAUCGUCGAGGGCGAGGAGGACCUUGUCGUCGUCUUCCCCAGGCUGCUACCGCGGAAGAAGAUUGUCGAGACGGUCUGGAGGGGGGUCAGGGGGUGUCUCUGGGAGGCGGACGGGACCGCCGGCGGGGGUGGUGGGAAUACUAGGAAGAUGGACGAGAGAUGGCAGGGCGGCGUCUAGCCGGCCCGUCAGCCGUACCAUAGCAACCACAGCCCCUUUACGAAAUUCACGAUGUUUAAACUUUUUUGUUGUUGUUGUGCUUGGUCUCUUCAUUCCCAUCAUCACUUUCUACAACCU